AUUGAUCAUCGACAAUUUUAUAAUAUAACUAAAUUUAAAAAUGCACUCACUUGGAUUGAACAAACAGGAUCAGCAGCAACACUUAUUGGACUAUUAUAUCGUAAUAUUAAUCAAAUACCAACAACAUUAACAGCAAAUCUAAUAUAUUUAGCAAUUAUGUCAAAUACAAUUCGAUGUAAAAGUCAUAAUACAACAAAAUAUGAUUUAUCAAUUCUUAAUUGGUUAAGUACAAUAAUUAAUAUUAAUGAUGAAUUUGUUAAUCAAAUGUUUAAAGAAAAAUCAAUUAUUAAUAAUAUUUAUAAAGUUAUUGAUGAAGAUACGAUAACAAAAUUAGAAAUUAUUCAUAAUAAAAAAACAGCUAUUUCUCAAUUAGAAAUUAUUAAUGUUGAAGAAUUUUUACAAAAAAAUAAAUUAAUUAUAUUAGAUUCAUUAGAUGUAGUAAAACAAAAUAGACAAGCUGAUUCAAUAUUUAUAAAUUUAAUUGAUACUAUUACUGGUAAAACAUAUUUUAUAUUUUCAGAUCAAAUAAUUGAAGAAAUAGUUAAAAGUGUUAUUCACAAUAUUGUUAAAAAGAAAAAUAAUUAUUAUUAUCAAUGUGAUGAUAUAUUUUUAAGAAAAGAAAUAAUUGCUUUAAUUAUGAACAAAAAUAAUUAG